AUGGCAAAUCCUCAGUAUAAGCGCUACGAAGUGAGUCUUGGACUCUCCGGUAUGCCAGAUAUCGUUGUCACCUCCGAACAGCGAGGAGACGAUACGAUCAUCACAGUGCAGUGCAAGGCAGGCACGGGCGCAGACACAUCCAAGAACGACGACCUUCCCGUGGCGAAGUGCGAUGCGGCGCAGCCUGCACUGACAACGGCAGACACCCCGUACACGAGCUGGGAUUUCGCUCUCAAGAUUGAGGAGAUUGGAGUGUCUCUGGUGUGCGACAGCUUGGCAGAAGAGCUGUGCUUCGCGGGCAUGACUCAGGUGGCCCUUGGACUGCAGCAGAGAGGAGAAAGGCAGAAGGUAGUUUUGCGGAUAGAGGCUAUUCAAAUAGACAAUCAAAUGGAAGAAGGCACAAAGCCAGUUGUGCUCGCAAACAGAGGCGGCCGGGGUGUAAAUUCAGGAGAAUGGAAAGUCACGGUAAGCGGAGAGGGCUUUUCACGAGCAUCACAAUUUCCACCUGCAGAACUCUCUAUGCCCCGUGCCGACUCCCCCUUCUGUUUCAGUUUUUUACUCCACGAGGAUGACAUGCGCCUCAAACGAUCUCUCAGAUACGUUCAUGAGGCAUGCAAACACAGGCACAAUGCUUCUAAACCGUUGUGCGUCUCUCUCAUGCCCUCUGCUGCUGCGCAGGAUCCUCAAGGCCUUCCACAAAGCCCUCAGCCCUUCCUCUCUUUGAUACUCAUCCGUGUGAAUAGCAACAGCAGCAGGGAUAUCGUUUUGAAGCGCGUGAUCCUCGAAGUCGACAACCUCGAAGUUGAUAUUGACGCCGAUAUGCUGAACGGCCUCAACGAUUUUUUCUGGUCAUGUCUUAUUGCCUUUGGUCUGGCAGACGCUGCCUCAAGGCGAGCGGUGUCUUUAGAAGAAUUGGCUAGCUGGGGCAAGCAGCCCGUACAGGAAACGUACAGCCCACCACCACUUCCGACAAUUCUCUCCUUGGAGUCUCUCGUGAUCUCUCGUUUUAAGGUCUAUUGCUGGUGCUCCUUUGUCCUCGAUAAAAUGCACAUGAUCUCCGAUAUGCUCAAGUUUGGACUCAGAAUCCUCAUGGCUUCCGGAAGGCUCGAACUUACCGGCGCACGCUUGACGUUUAGCCAGGAGGAGUUCCGAUACUUGCGUGGUACUGUGGCCUCAUUUAUGUCGUGUCUCCAGGAGCGUUACACGUAUCACCUGCUUUCCUCUUUAUUUUCGUCCCUUGGGCAGUCGUCGCUGCUUAAUUUGCCCCGCAUGCCUUAUGAGUUUGGCAGGAAUACCAUCGGGCUAGCCGCGAAUGCGGUAGACAGCGUCUCGGCUGGCUUGGGGUCUCUGCUUUCCACCUUUACCUUUGACGCCGAAUACAUCAACAAGCGGCAGAAGGAGCGAGGCAGGAGCGCUUCGGGAGUUCGAGAAGGCUUUCUCUCCGCCGGUAAAAACAUCGGGGAGGGUGUGUGGGCUCUCUCCAGUAUCGUGACAAAGCCGAUUGAAGGCGCACAGAAAGAGGGCGUUGGAGGAUUCUUAAAGGGCAUUGGUAAAGGCCUGGUGGGGUCUUUGGUGAAGCCUUUGGAUAGAGUGGGACAGGCCGUCUCAGACGUGACUCGCGGCAUUCACGCCGAAGUGAGCAAGCCCAUUGGCGCUCUCAAGCUCAUCAAUCGAAGACGCAGGAGACCCCGCAUGCUCGGCGAGCAGGGCGAAGUCAGGCCCUACGACGAGACAGAAGCGCAGCUGCGGCAGAGUCUGGGCUUGGCAGCUGUGCGUCCGAUGCAAAAAUGCAUCACCGUUAUGAAGCAGGAAGGUCCAGAGUUGCGCCAGUUUGCCGUCCUCUUCUACCCCCAAGAAAUUUUCUUCGUGAAUCUGCAGAUGGGGGCACCGUCCGCUGGUCGUACAGGCGGGGGGGCGCCCGGCAGUUCUAAGGGCCAGGUGAACAUCCUCUGGCACGUUAGCGUCUCAUCUAUCAAAGAGGUUAGAGCAGGGUCGCUAGGAGUUACGAUAUAUACCUCUAAAACGUCUGCCCCAGCACAAGGCGCUCAGGAGGCCCUCGUAAAGGCCUUCUCUGCGGAUAGACUGCUGAGAGCCACCCAGUACAGCCAGAUUUCGAGAGCUGCAGGGAGAAUGAGGGGCUCAGAGGAGUCUGGCACAUACCACAUACCGUGCUCCACCCCCGCACUGGUUACUGAGGUGUACAGGGAGCUCCUCGAAACACAGAGAAGCAACGCCUCCGUCGUGGAACUGGGGAUCCACACUCGCAGAUCUGCCCUGCCCCUCUAG